GCCUGGAUGGUGGUGACGAGUGUCGAAAGAGACAAAAAGCUCUGGCCCGUUCAACCAUGGCCGCACGGAGUUUCUCCUCCCCACAGGGUGAGUUGGAGAUGCAUCGCCUACGGCGAGCUCUGGAGAGGGUCUCCUUUGAUCAAACGCUGGGAGGCCGACUGGAAGAAAGUGAUGGGGAGACAAAGCCCCCAUCAACGAUGUCCCGCAGAAGCCUCACUGACUCUAGUCUCCUGUUCCCCGCCUCUCCUUUGGACUGGGACAGCUUCACAGAUCCAGAGUAUCUCUUCACUGCUGCUCACUCAGAGGAUCCCCCUCCAGGUCAGUGCCGCUCACUCAUUCACGGCAUGCUCGGUGGCAGGCCUGUAUCAUGGGAGGUGACUGUUGACCUGGGUCACCUCUGGACUUCUGAGGACCAGGAGACACCAGAGGUUGAGGGAGGCAGAGGUGGAGGAGGAAGACGAGAGGAGCCAUGGGAAGAGAUAAUUCACCAACUGACUGCUCGUUCAGUGAUAAGAGACUUUGAGAAAAUGGCAGAGAAGGAGAGUGACAGUGGACAUGGGUCAGCUAAGCGAUAUCGUAUGAAAGCUAUCCAGACCAGCAAGCACUGCAACAUCAUCUGCAUGUACACGGCCUUCACUACUACUGACAGCAACCUCAACAAGGGCCUGCCAGACAGCAUGGAUGUCAAAAACACAGGGAUGCAUUUGGGGAACAGGUGGAGUUCCCAGUCAAGCAGUCGCAGGCAGCGAGCUUAUUCUGCAGGUUUGGGCAGAAGGCGUUCCAGCAGAGACAGUGAAGAGAUGGAGGACACGUGGAACUCCACAGACAGAGAUGACACUCCUGCCUCUCCCUGUAGCCUUACAUCCUGGGACGCUAAUACAGGGGGUAAUGUCCACUCUGCUACAGCCCCAGCAAUAGCGGGUGCCUCAUACACUCGCUCACAGCGAUCAAUAGAGAGCAAGUCAAUGGAGAGCUUCUUUGGCACCAGGUUCCCACUUGGCAGACUCAGGUCUUCUAUUUCAUCAGGAAAGCAGAUUCCUCUCAAGUCCCACUGUCUGUCUGCAGAGACAGAGAAACAACCUGAAACAGAAGCCCCAGACUACCUGCCUCUGGUGCGCCUGCAGCUGGCAUCAGGAGCCUUUCUGCUGACGGAGAUCUACUCAGAAUGUGUCCAGAUACCACUGGACCGCCUAAAAAGGGCUUCACCCUACAGCCUCCACCGCCGCAGCCUCAGCCCACCUUUCCGGUCUACAUCUCCCAGUGCUCCAUCUUUAUCCACCUCCUCAAAGCCCUUUGUUACUCCCUCUAGUCACCAUGUUACCUAUUCUCCUUCCUCCUCCUUUCUCGCCAAGUCACCUGCACCUUCUUUCCACCACACUCCAGACAGCACUCCCCUGAUGCUGGAGCCAAGGCUUCGCCGAAGACACCUGUCUGACCGAGAGCCCGUCACGUCACAUCCGGACCUCCCCAGCUUGGAGGAGGGCUCUCUGGAGGAAUCUACUGGCCUCUACCAGAGCCAGAGGUACGGCCAAGCAGACAGUGGUCGUGGAUCGGAGACAGAUGUGUGUGAAUGCUCUUCAAUAGAGCCUGCUGACCUUCAGGUGAGCUGCCAGUUGGCUCAAGACGACAUAGAGGGCUCGAGCUGGGCCACAGCCGUGGCUCUAGCGUGGCUCGAGCACCGCUGUGCUGGCUUCUUCAUGGAGUGGGAACUGGUUGCAGCAAAAGCAGACUUCUGGCUGCGCUGUCAGGAGCUGCCCGAAGGAGUGGACCUGGCGGGUCUGAAAGGAGCUGCCAGACAGCUGUUCCUGUUGCUACGCCACUGGGAUGAGAACAUCAAACUCAACAUGCUGUGUUAUAAUCCCAAUAACAUGUGAGACAACCAUGUGAAAACUCGAGACAGAUCAGAUUUACAUAUACUCAUUUGUUACUUAUGAUGGCGACUCCAAAGUAAUGCUGCCUUUACAGUGGAAAUGGAAAUCUUGUCUUUUACCUGCAGGGUCCACUAACCCCAUAACCUUUUAAUAUUGUGUUGCACAUGAAAAAUGUUACUGAUGUAGGAUUUUUAUCAAUAUGACAAAACAAUCCCUGACAUCAACCAAGAGGCCUUUUGUUAUACUCAUGAUUUAUGCAAUCACAAGAAUGCCUUGAUCACCUGAAGGAGCAUUUGUAGUCUCAGUUUUAGCUUUCAGUCUAAUCACAUUCAUGGAGUCGGAUGGAAACAAUUCUCAUUAUCAGUGAUAAUUUGAUAAACUAUUGAAAGACUACUUAAAUGAACCGAUUGUUGGGAAAAUAAUAAUUAAAAAACAUGCUGGAAUUUAA